AUGGUCCCAUCCGAUCUGGAUUUUGUGACAUACAACCGAGACAAGAAGAUUUUCGAUAUUAGGAAGGACCCAACCUUGUCACGGGUAGUCAGCCUAAUGGAUAACUAUCAAGCUGCUGCUGAUGAAAACACGAGUGUUUUUCGACACAGAGAUCAGGAUCCGCAGGUGCCCAACGCCGGUGCUUUCGAAGCCAAUCCACGGGGACCAGGUCCACUGGCAGAUGAAACCGGAGAUAAUGGGCCCACCCCGCCUCGGAAUGUGGUGGAUAUCAUUCGAGAGGCAGUAAAUGCUGAUCUUGUCUUGCAAGAGGAUGGCACUUAUCAACAUAGUUUCCAGGGGCAACCGUCGCGGCUAUCGGAGUAUGACAGACGGUGCCUCAUCCACUUCCGCAAGGUUUUUCAAUCAUGCCCUGACCCAGAUUAUAUGAAGAAGGAGGAUGAGGCCCUCGAAGCUUCGAUCGAAGAGUUGGAUGAUUAUGAAACUAAACUGCUGGCUGCUGUCCGAAGCAAGAAGGCAAUUGUUACGAGGUUUAAUGAACGGCGUAGGAUGAUAGCUGGCUACUUGCGAUCUCUGUCAGAGCCAUCUCAGGAUUCUAGAGCUCCGAAACCUCCUUUGAAAUCACGGGAAAUGUCUCCGCCAAACUCCAUAGUAUACGAUACGAGAGGCGAUAUUGGCCAUGAGAUAUCUAGUGAGGACUCUUCCACCGAUCAGAGCUCAGACGAGGACAUGGAAAUGCAGGACAUCGACCAUGUUAGACCUGAAGAGCCCGGCACGGAUAUCCUACCAGCUAUUCUCCCAACUACGCAACAGACAGAGGAGACCCGAGAGACAGACGUCACUUCCCCAAACGAGCCCGUACUCACCAGAAGUUCCCUGAGAAAUGGCCGGUCAAUGAGUGAUUCGCCGGACGAAGUUAUUGAAAUCGAUGGGAGUGACGCCGACGCUACGAGCAUAAGCAACGCGAGUCCCUCGAGGCGCAUCAUGAAACUGCGAAUGCGGAAAACAGACGAGGAAAAUAAAAGCGGGCGAAAACGAAGAACAGACGAGGAAAAUGAAAGCGGAUACGAGUUCAUCGCACAGCGGAAAGCCUCCAAAAUGCGUUGGCCGGAGAUCCUUCUAGCAUACAACGCAGCAUACGGGCAAGAUCGCACUCUUCCGAGCUUACAGAGCGUGUUCCACUGCUGGAAGGCGGAGGCGGAGGGCAGACAUAAAAAACGUGUAUGGAAGAACUCCCUCACCUAA